AUGGUAAAAAAGAAGAACGAGAAGUGGCAGAUGAGUGUCGACUUUACUGACCUGAACAAAGCAUGCCCAAAAGAUUCAUUUCCGUUACCACAUAUCGACCAACUCAUCGAUGCAACGGCGGGACACGAACUAUUAAGCUUCUUACAUGCUUAUUCUGGUUACAACCAAAUCCUAAUGGCAGAAGACCAAGAAAAGACCACUUUCAUCACUCACCAAGGAACGUACUACUACAUAGUUAUUCCGUUCGGACUCAAUAACGUAGGGGCAACGUAUCAAAGGUUAGUCACCAAGAUGUUCAAAAAACUACUCGGAAAGACCAUGGAGGUCUACAUCGACAACAUGCUAGUGAAGUCAAAAAAGGAAGGAGGGUCACAUUGGUCAGCUGAAGGAAGCCUUCGAAAUAUUGAGGCGAUACGGAAUGAAAUUGAAUCCCAAAAAAUGCGCCUUUGGCGUAACCUCAGGAAAGUUCCUUAG